CAGGAAAUAAUUGGGGAGUGGGGAAGGAAGUAAAGCACUAAGCAGGCACAUUUCUUGGAACCCCAAGCCUCUAUUUUCUUCCUUGCAAAUUGAGCAGGUGAAUUUGAAAGAUGAAGAUUAAAUGCGAUAACAUACAUGUGGAGUGUAUUCUCAUACAUAAUUACAGCUCACUAAACGUCCUGAGCUCACUAAAGGAGCCAUUAGUGUUACAACCCAGGUUCAAGAUCUCCAUCUGCCUUAGACUAAAUUGCGUGGCAAGGGGCAGGAUCUUGCAGCACUCAUCUUUGGCUGACUUCACAACUCUGGAUCGCUGGGCAUCUUAGGCAUUUUUGUAGAAGUCUCAGCCCAGCCCCAGGCUUGUGGGAAAUAUGUAGAUAACAAGUUAUUUAGGCAAACGAGGCAAAUUGCUCAGCCUUGGGGAUGCACAAGCCUCAGUAUGGCCCAAAGAUCACCUGCAUCAAUCUGGGAAAAAACAGAAAACCCCCUGACACAUCCAACAUUGAUUAAACAAGUGUGUACAUUUCAGUGAGUGGGAAUAGAAGAUAAACACUGUUGUGUCCCAUAGAGAAAAAUAUAGCGGGAAGGGGAGAGAACACGGAAAGAUGUUCACAGUCUUACACUGUGGUACCAGGGAAGAUAUUUGAGCAAAGAGCCAUGUGGCUAUGAGAAGAGUCAGGUGGAAGGAACAAGUGCUGCUUAGAGAUCAUUUAUGUGUUAACACUGACUGGCUCAAGAAGCUUUCCAGUAAGAGGUGCUGUGUUUAUCAGUAUGAUUUUAGGUAAUUCAGAGUUAACUGUUCCACCGAUGGCUCUGCAGUUUUAGAGUGUAUGUUUCUGGCUCUGGAAGGAGACACUGUUCGAAUCACUAAUAUGCCCCAGACUGCGAACCCAGAAAAGGGGCUUUGCAUUACUAAGCUCGGUGUCACCUGUGAAAGGUACCUUCGACGGGCCUGCAUUUUGCAAACCACAGUCCGCCGUCUUUCUCCCUCGGCACCACCAAAGAUUUUAAAAAUGAAGGAGCCAGGAAUCCACGUCUCCCAGCUCUGGGCCCAUGCAGCUCCAGAACCAGACCGCUGGAACGUACCCGCUUUCAGUAUUCAGCCAGUUUUCACGUGAGUCGCUCACUUCCGGCCGGCGCCUAACGUCAUCAGGCAGCGCCGGAAGUGCCCUCGCGCUGCCUAGGAGACAAGACGCGGGGGCCAGCCGCUGACAGGGCCGGCCUGGCCGCGCCCACUCGGUCGCCAUGGAGCUGCCCGUAGGGCCGCGCGAGGAUCCCCGCGCCUGGGACGAUGACUCGGACCCGGAGCCGGAGCCCGACCCGGACGCGCAGGCCGAGGCUUACGUGUCCCGCGUGCUCAGUCCGCCGCAAUUCGGGCUGGCGCCCCUGCGCGCCCCUCCGCUGUCCGCGCCCGCCGCGUUCUCUGGCGCCCCAGAGCCGCGGGCCGCGUCCAAGGGUCCGUCUGUGGAGGUCCCGGGCCUGCUGAGCCUUCCCCCAGAACUGCUGCUCGAGAUCUGCGCCUACUUGGACGCGCGCCUAGUGCUCCACGUCCUGCCGCGCGUGUGCCACGCGCUGCGCGACCUCGUGCGUGACCAUGUCACCUGGAGGUUACGAGCGCAGCGCCGCGUACGCGCGCCCUAUCCAGUGGUGGAAGAAGAAGACUUUGACUGGCCAGCAGCCUGCAUUGAGCUGGAGCAGCAUCUGUCACGCUGGGCAGAGGAUGGGCGCUGGGCUGAGUACUUCUGCCUGGCUGAUGGGCACUUUGCUUCCAUUGACUCAGUGCUGCUGCUCCAGGGUGGGACACUCUGUCUAUCCGGCUCCCGAGAUCGCAACGUCAACCUGUGGGACCUGCGGCAGCUGGGAGUGGAGCCCAGCCGGGUUCUGGUCAAGGCCCUGGGCACCCAGAAGAACAGCACCCACAAGGGUUGGGUGUGGUCACUGGCAGCGCUGGACCACCGAGUGUGCUCUGGUUCCUGGGACAGCACGGUGAAGCUCUGGGACAUGGCAGCUGAUGGGCAGCAGUUCGGCGAGAUAAAGGGCAAGGCAGCUGUGCUGUGCCUCUCCUACCGGCCUGACAUCCUGGUGACUGGCACCUAUGACAAGAAGGUGACAGUCUACGAUCCCAGAGCUGGCCCAGCCCUGCUGAAGAGCCGGCGGCUGCACUCGAGCGCGGUGCUGGCGUUGCUGGCGGAUGACCGGCACAUCAUUUCGGGCAGUGAGGACCACACACUCGUGGUGUUUGACCGCAGGGCCAACAGUGUACUGCAGCGGCUGCAGGUGGGCCCUCCCCAGGGGCUGGAGGGACCGGGGCUGCAUGUGGCCCAGCCUGAGCUGCUCUGUCCUUUGUCCCUCCCACAGCUGGACUCCUACUUACUCUGCAUGUCCUACCAAGAGCCCCAGCUCUGGGCCGGCGACAACCAGGGCCUGCUGCACGUCUUCGCCAACCGGAAAGGCUGUUUCCAGCUUGUCCGGACCUUUGAUGUGGGCCACAGGUCUCAGAUUACAGGGAUCAAACACUCGCUGGGGGCCUUGUACACCACGUCCACUGACAAGACCAUUCGGGUGCACGUGCCCACAGACCCACCAAGGACCAUCUGCACCCGAAGCCACCACAACGUGCUAAAUGGGAUCUGUGCUGAGGGCAACCUGGUGGUAGCUGCCUCCGGGGGCCUGUCGCUGGAGGUCUGGAGGCUGCAGGCCUGAGCAGGCAGACGUGGACGUGGAUGUGUGGAUGUGGAUCUGCUGACCGGCCGGUUCUUGGGGGACCCUC